AUUUCUUCUUUUAUCAGUUUCUUGACAUUUUCCUGAUAUCAUAUCUGAAAUUGGUGAUCGAAGAAGAAGAAGAAAUUAACCGGCGGCAGUGGCCGGCGGCGAACAGUGAAAGAGUAAAGUCAGUACGACGGCCGGAAAAUCAAACAGGAAGUCGGCCAUAAAAUCCUUGACGUAACUAUUACGCAAAAGGAAUAAACCUACUUUUCAUUCUCUCACGAUCUCUCUCUUCAUUCAUCAGAUCGGAAACAUGAGAAGCUCAUCCUUCACGGCGGCGAUCGCCGCCGUCCUCAUUCUUCUCAUAAUCCAAACCACAGCAGAGAUUAAAAACAUGAAGAUCUCCUCCGAUUCUCGUCCGAUCAUCCUCUUCGAGAAAUUCGGUUUCACACACACAGGUCACGUAACAAUCUCCGUUUCCGACGUAUCCGUCACUUCUUCAGUCUCUACUCCAGAUCCAAGCCGCCUUGGAUUCUUCCUCCUCUCUGACGAAUCAUUAAUCCAAUUCCUCAUCGAAAUGCAACAAUCUCCAAACCUAUGCGUUCUCGAUUCCAGAUACAUCAAUCUCCUUUUCACCUUCAACAAACUUUCUCCACCGCCAAUUUCCUCCUUCAAUAAUUCAUUCCCAAUCACUACUCCAGAUGAGUAUAAUCUCGUCUUCGGGAAUUGUGGACCUGAAAGCGAAGUCACCAUGAAUGUACACACAGAGAUCUACAAUCUCGAUUCAGGUAAAGGUAUCAAGGAUUACCUCUCCGCCGGCGUUACACAACUUCCUACUCUAUAUUUCAUCUUCUCUUUAGCUUUUUUCACUUUCCUUACCAUCUGGAUCUACAUUCUCUUCACCAAUAAGAAUUCAGUCCACAGGAUCCAUUUCCUCAUGGCAUUACUUCUACUCGCCAAAGCAUUAAACCUAAUCUCUGCCGCCGAGGAUAAACACUACGUUAAAGUCACUGGCACUCCCCAUGGCUGGGAUGUUCUGUUCUACAUUUUCCAAUUUCUCAGAGUUGUGCUAUUAUUCACUGUAAUUGUUUUGAUUGGUACUGGUUGGUCGUUCUUGAAACCAUUCUUGCAAGAAAGGGAGAAGAAGAUUUUGAUUACUGUAGUUCCUCUUCAAGUGUUAGCCAAUAUAGCUUCAAUUGUGAUUGGAGAAACUGGACCCUUUAUCAAGGAUUGGAUUACCUGGAAUCAAGUGUUUUUGUUGGUAGACAUUAUCUGUUGUUGUGCAAUCAUUUUCCCUAUUGUUUGGUCAAUCAGAUCUCUAAGAGAGACAUCUAAAACUGAUGGGAAAGCUGCUAGAAACUUGGCAAAGCUAACUCUAUUCAGACAAUUCUACAUCGUGGUUAUUGGUUAUCUGUAUUUUACAAGAAUUGUUGUGUUUGCAUUGAAGACGAUAUCGGCAUAUAAAUACAGGUGGGUAAGUAAUGCAGCAGAGGAGAUUGCUAGCCUUGCGUUUUAUGCAAUGAUGUUUUACAUGUUCAGACCAAUUGAGAAGAAUGAGUACUUUGUUAUUGAUGAAGAAGAAGAAGAGUUGGCUGAAUUGGCUCUUAGGGAUGAAGAAUUUGAACUUUGAUCAUCCAACAAACUGUAAGUUGUGUGGCUUUAUAUGUUUUUGUUUUUUUUUAUCAAAUUUUAUACAUCACCCAGAUUCUUGUCUCUAGCUUUGUUUCAUUUUAUAAGUUGUCCAUUUGGCUCUUACCUAUCUAUUAUUGAUAAGGAUUAAGGACUUGUCUCAUCUUUUGACAUUUACUAAAUACUACAGGAUUUUGAAAUGUUGUAAUCUGAAAUGUGUUGAAUUUUACCUAA